AUGGAACAUACCAAUUUCCAUCCAAAAUAUAAACGGAAUGGUGUUAAAGUGAUAAGAUUGCUAGAUGAGGAGCCCCUGUGCUCUUGCGACGGUCUAAUCCUCGUGCACGUCCAUGACGGCAUCGACGUCGACGGAGCCAGAUCGGGUGAGUCCUUCAUUCUUUGGAACCCAGCGAACGGAUCGCACAGGAGGACGUCAUGCCCUUAUGAGCUUCCCAUUACCUCACUUUACGGACUCUGUUACGAUUCCGCUGCUGAUGAUUAUAGGGUUUUUAUUGUUUCGCAUGAUAAAGUAACCUCGGUGGCGGUUUACAGUUUGAGAAACAAUUCCUGGGACAUUUUUGUUGACAAUCGUUAUGGUCUUUAUGUGUCGGUUUAUCGGGCCGUUGUGAAUGGAGCAGUUCACUGGGUGAUGUUUUCGAUGGAGUCGGGGUUGUGGGUCAUCGUUUAUUUUGAUUUGGUGGAGGGUCAGUUCAAGGAGGUGCCACCGCCAAGCUCUUGGAAAGAAGAUGAUGUGAUGAAUUUGGUGGUGUUGGGGGGAUUCCUUCGCGUGUAUUGUGAAAUUCGUGAAAAGCAGAUUGAGGUCUAUGCAAUGAAAGAGUAUGGGAAGAAAGAAUCAUGGGCUAGAUUGUUUGUAAUUCCUAGUCCGUCAGAAAGUAAGUGUUCUUGGGUUCAUACGGUUCCUAGUUCUGCCUAUGUGAAGCUGUUGUGUCUUACAAAGAAAGGUCAAGUUUUGAUAUCGAUGGGGACAAGAGGAAGACGGUACAGUUUUACGGUAUCUCGGGGGUUGGAUGCCGAUUCCAUAUGUGGAGAGUCUAGUUCCCCUGAAUGAGGGGGUGUGAAGUUUUGGGGGCAAAACCAUGCAUGUCCGAAGUAAAGAAACAUGAAGAGCAGGUUAUAUCUUCUAGGUACUGGCAUGAUUCACACGAUAAGGCAGUUUGAGAGACAUAGUUAUAUGGUCGCAUAUCAAUUCUCUUUUAUGAGACGACAGACUUUGCUACCACCUAGUUUUCUUAUUCUAUGACAUGUAUGAUACUUUUGUGUAUUGAAGUUAGUUUUGGAGGGUAUGUAAUGCCAAUGACUGUAUAAGGAGCAUCUAGAUCAUAUUGGAGCUUGGUCACAUAUCAGUGCUCAGCACUCAGUUGUAUUUUAACAGAGACGUAGAUUUUCAUGAAGCCUAAUAUUCAUGAAGUUUUAUAUUUAAGUAAUGUUGUGAUUUCUUACAAGAAUGAAAUUAGUGGAUGCAUUUCUUCCUUU